CGUGUGCAAGAGUGGUGUGUCGGGCAGGCAGGCGCAGGCGCGCUGUUCGCCAGUCUGCAGCCCGGGCGCUCUCAGUGCAGUUUCUCUGGGAGUUGAUGGCAGCACCACAGUGCGGCCGCCUGGCAGAGAGCGAAGCAGCAGAGACCCGCUGUUCAGGAAGAGCCAAACAUGUUGGUGGAGCAGGGGGGCUGCGGCUCCGGAGCCAGAGACCGGGGCACACACCUUCCAUUCGGCCAACUGUCCUGACCUGCCUCCCCUGCCCACCAGCCCCAGCCCUCAAAGUAUGUCAGCCAAGUCUAAGGGGACCACCUCCUCCUCCUCUCCAACCGAGGGGCCACCGGCAGCCUCCAAAACCAAGGUGAAGGAGCAGAUCAAGAUCAUCGUAGAGGAUUUGGAAUUAGUCCUGGGGGAUCUGAAGGACGUGGCCAAGGAACUUAAAGAGGUCGUUGACCAGAUUGACACACUGACCUCUGACCUACAGCUGGAGGAUGAGAUGACAGACAGCUCCAAAACUGAUACACUGAACAGCAGCUCCAGCAGCACAACAGCAUCCAGCUUAGAGAAGAUCAAAGUGCAUUCCAAUGCACCACUUAUUAAGCCACCAGUCCACCCUUCUGCUAUCCUCACAGUCCUGAGAAAACCUAACCCUCCUCCUCCUCCUCCACGAUUGACACCUGUGAAGUGUGACAAUUCUCACAGGCCUGUGCCAACCAUCAAUCCUGUAAAAACAAAUGGCACACUUCUCCGAAAUGGAGGUUUACCUGGAGCAUCAAACAAAAUUCCAAGGGACAUCUGCUGUUUACCUAGUAGUAACUUGGACAAAGUGCAGAUGCAGCCUCUGAUGCACAGACCUCAGAAAGACAGGUGUCCCCAGGCAGGACCACGGGAACGGGUACGGUUUAAUGAAAAGGUGCAAUACCAUGGGUAUUGCCCUGACUGUGAUGUCCGGUAUAACAUAAAAAACCGAGAGGUCCAUAUCCACGGUGAAUCCCUCCAUAUGCCGGGAAAGCUUCCUCACCAGUGCCCUCCUCUCCCACCCCCACCACCUCCUCUUCCUCCUUUUCCUCUGGAAAAUGGAGGGUUGGGAAUAAGCCACAGUAACAGUUUUCCCCCUCUCAGACCUGCAACUGUGCCUCCACCCACUGCACCUAAACCACAGAAGACCAUCUUGAGGAAAUCAACCACUACAACAGUGUGAUGUAUGCCACUUGAAAACUGCUUUCAUUUUUUUUCUAUAUUAUAAACAUAAAAUAAUAGACAAUGAUGAGCACUUUCUACUCAAGCAAUAAGAAGUCCAAAUAUAUUACAGCCUGUGUUCAGUGAAGUGGCAUAAAAUCACCUGGUAAGUGUAGAGAGCAAUGUUUACAUCUCAUAUAUGAACAAAAAUGUUCUACUGUUAAAACUCAUGUGAUAAUGCAGAUUUCCAAAUGCAUUUUUAUUUACUGGUGGCUUAAAUUGUCAUCUGGAUUUUAUUAUAUUUUUAUUUUGAUAUGUCAUAGGAAAGAUUGUUUGUUUUUUAAAAAUAUAAUAAAUCACUUCCCAGAGAGCUAGUCAUAUUGUUAACUUUGGUCAAAAAAAUUAAAAUAAAGAAUUUCAUGGAUAAAAAUAUAUUUACUGUUUUUAGAAGAUCGUAUUUGCAAUGUUUUUAGAUAAAUUAUUCUAUCAUGCUUAAAUUCCAGUCUCUGAGUGCCAUAUAUGGAAGCCAAGUGGUAGUUUCAUUUGACCUAAUUAUGAAUAUAUAUUGACAUUUUUAUAAUCUAAAAUUUUCCUCAAUGGUAAUUUGAUGGUGUGACUAGUAAGUGGUAUGUAAUAGCAGAAGCAAAUAAAUGAUCAUUAGGAUUCAGAUAAAACAGUAGUUUUAAAAUCUUUUUUUCUGCCCAUGGAUUACUUCAAUAAAACAACACAUUGCCUCUUC